GAGGAGCAGCAGAGCGGGACAGUGAGUGUAUGAGAGAGGUGAUGUCCCGCUGCAGUCUGAGGGCCCGUCUGGGUCAGAGUCUGUCCAGACAGGUCAGAACCACUCACACAGGACGGGUAGCUGCCGUCAGAAAGGACAGCUCUGCCGUACAGCCCUUCAGUGAGAUUCCUGGACAAUGGAAGAACAGCGUGGCCAAUCUCUACAAGCUCUGGAGAAUGGACGGCCUCAGGAAUAUCCACCGGAUUAUGGUGCACAAUUUCAAUAUGUAUGGUCCUAUUUACAGGGAAAAGAUUGGGUACUACGAGAGUGUGAACAUCAUCGAGCCUGAGGACGCUGCUGUCCUGUUCAAAGCUGAGGGUUGUUUUCCCAAGAGACUCCGGGUGGAAGCGUGGACCUCUUACAGGGACUACAGGAACCGCAAAUAUGGCGUCGUGCUCAAAGACGGAGAGGACUGGAAAUUCAACAGAAACGUUCUGAACAAGGAAAUUAUUUCCCCAAAGGUGCAGGGGAACUUUGUGCCUCUGCUGGAUGAGGUCAUUCAGGACUUUGUGGCCCGUGUCUAUAAGAAGAUUGAGAGGACUGGACAGAAUGAAUGGACCACAGAUCUGUCCCAUGAGCUCUUCAAGUACACACUAGAAUCGGUGAGUCAUGUGCUGUACGGCAAGCGUUUGGGUGUGCUGUCGGACUACAUCGAUCCAGACGCCCAGCACUUCAUCGACUGCAUCACCCUGAUGUUUAAGACCACCUCGCCCAUGCUGUACCUCCCGCCGGCCCUGCUCCGCCACACAGGGGCCCGAAUCUGGAAGGACCACGUGGAGGCCUGGGACGGCAUCUUUAAUCAGGCUGACCGAUGCAUCCAGAGUAUCUACAGACAGCUGAGGAAAACUCCAGACGCCGAUGAGAAGUACCCUGGUGUGCUGGCCAGCCUCCUAAUGCUGGACAAACUGUCCAUCGAGGACAUAAAGGCCAGCAUCACGGAGCUGAUGGCCGGCGGUGUGGACACGACCUCUAUCACACUGUUGUGGACGCUCUAUGAACUGGCGAGAUAUCCGGACCUGCAGGAGGAGAUCCGGGCCGAAAUCUCAGCCGCUCGUGACGCCUCUGAAGGAGACAUGAUGCAGAUGCUCAAGAUGGUUCCUCUGCUUAAAGGAGCCUUGAGGGAAACUCUGAGGUUACAUCCGGUAGCAGUGAGUCUACAAAGAUACAUCACUGAAGACAUCGUCCUUCAGAAUUACCAUAUUCCAGCUGGGACCUUAGUUCAGCUUGGUCUCUAUGCUAUGGGUCGUGAUCACCGGAUCUUCCCGCACCCGGAGCAGUACCGUCCCUCUCGCUGGGUCCGGUCCCAGAGCCACUACUUCAGGGGCUUGAGCUUCGGCUUCGGACCGCGCCAGUGUCUGGGCCGCAGGAUCGCCGAGAACGAGAUGCAGCUCUUCCUUAUUCACAUGCUGGAGAACUUCAGGUUUGAGAAGCAGAGGCAGGUGGAGGUCAGGAGCACGUUUGAGCUCAUCUUGGUGCCCGAGAAGCCCAUCAUGCUCACCAUCAAACCACUGAACGCCAGCAGAUAGCGGAGCUGCAAACAGGAAAUGAUGUCAAAGGCAGAACUGGAUUGAACACUGAGCUUUGAAGAGUCCAAACUUUUGACAGGCAUUUCAUCUCAGUUUAUGUUUCUUGUGAUCAUUUACUCACCCUUGUCUCAUUUCAAACCUGUAUGAGUUUCUUUCUUCUGUGGAAUACAGAAGAUAUUUUAAAGAGUGCUGGGAACACGGAGUCAUUUUUUAAAGCAUCUUCUUUUGUGUUCCAUAGAAGAAAGAAAAAGUUUGGAAUGGCAUAAAGGUGAGGAAAUGAUGGAAGAGCUAAAAUAUUUAGUGCAUUUACAAUCUAUUUGUCUAUUUGUUAUUUCGAUUAUUUUAAAAUAUUAAUAAUAAAAGUGAGUAUAACAGGUGUGCCAAAAGUAUUGACUGGUACUAAAUGUUAGGCUUGUGUCUUAUGUUAUAUUUAGUUCAGAAAUGCAAAUAAUCAUAAAAAAUAAUCCAAGUAUUCUAAAGUAUAAAUAUAUUUUAAUAUUACAUCAUAAAAUGACUUGAAACUAUUCUGUAAUGCUUUGAAUGAAUAAAAGAAAUUAAAUU